GGGGACCGCAGGGCGGCUCAGCAGAUGCUGUCUUGGAAGAGAUGAUCUAAGUUAUCAGCAUUUCCGCAUCUGUGGUUGUCCCUGAUCCCCCAAUAUGUCCACGGCCAGCCCACCUGGCCACAACUGGAGCCGGAAAUCAAAAGCAGAGGAGGAGGAGGAGGAUCCCUUUGAUCAAAUGAUCUCGCGCACGGGGUGCGCCGCUUUCCACUAUGCGGUGCAGGAGUGCAUGGCCGAGCACCAGGACUGGCGCAAGUGCCAGGCGCAAGUGCAGAGCUUUAAGGACUGCAUGCAGGAGUAUCAGAAGCAGCGCGCAGAAGAGGUGCAGAGACGGCAGGCGCUGCACCGUGGCUCGAGCUGAGGGAAGGCGAGCUGGCGGCACGGCACCCCUUUGCUCUGCGGGCUGCUCAAGGACCAUCGGGGCAGGACUGCGCUGGUGCUUCGUUCUCGAUGAUGCAAAGCAAGGUGAGAAGAGCCCCGUUCGACAGGGAUGUACGCCCAGUGCGAGGCUCAUGCCAGUAACCACGUUGCUGCAUCUGUGUUUUUAACAGGAGACCUGUCCUGCCAAAAAUAAAUGUGGAAUCGAUCUCUUUA